GUGAGCUGCUCGUCGUCCAGAGAUGAUUUCUGUCUUCCUCAGAGAAAAACCGGAUAAAAACCGAUAAAUAUGAUCAAUAAACUAACAAAACCACAGCGACGAGAUGAAACAGCUGCUGUCUGAAGGUUCCGCUCCAGCUGAUCAUCAAUAAUUAGUGUUUACAGGGUUAAAAUGAUGAACUUUAACCCAGCCGCCGGAGGAUCCUACACGGAUAACCUCAUCGGGACUCUACUGGCGAUCUUUGGAAACGUGCUUGUCAGCAUCUCGUUGAGUAUCCAGAAGUACAGCCAUGUGUCCCUGUCAGACCGGAAGGACCCCAGAGCGUUCUACCGGACCAGGACCUGGUGGUGCGGCUUCGUCCUCACGUGUCUCGGGGAACUCGCCAACUUCGUGUCGUACGCCUUCGCCCCCAUCGCUCUGCUGGCGCCGCUCAACGCCGUCUCCGUCCUCACGAGCUCUAUUCUGGGUCUGAUUUUCCUCCGAGACAAAUCGAAGCCAAAGGACUUUGCCAAGCGCCAUGCUCUGUCCUUCCUGGGCUCCGUCCUCACCAUCGGAGGAACUUACCUCUUCGUGGCCUUCGGACCAAACUCUCAUGAGAAACCUCAAGCAGAGAACAUCGUGAAGCACCUGGUGGGCUGGCCGGUCCUCCUCUACCUGCUCCUGGAGAUCAUCACGUUCUGCCUGCUCCUAUACUUCUAUAAGCAGCACAAUGCUAACUACCUGGUUGUUAUUCUGCUGCUGGUGGCUCUGCUGGGCUCCGUGACGGUGAUCUGUGUGAAGGCGGUCUCGGGGAUGCUGGUCCUGUCCGUGGAGGGCUCCAUGCAGCUGGACUACCCUAUCUUCAGCGUCAUGGUGGUCUGCAUGGUGGCCUCGGUGGUCUUCCAGGCCAGCUUCCUGUCCCAGGCGUGUGUCCGCUACGACUCGUCUCUGAUCGCCAGCUUCAACUACGUCCUCUCCUCCGUGUUUGCAGUCGUAGCAGGUGCUGUGUUCUACCUGGAGUUUAAGAAUGAAGACGUUCUCCACAUCAGCAUGUUCUUACUGGGGUCUGCGUUGUGUUUUCUCGGAGUGUUCCUCAUCACCAAAAACAGGAAACGGACCAAAGCCUUUGAGCCGUACGUCACCAUGGACAUGACCAACGGAGUCCCCACCAUCCAUGAUAAAGGUCUGGUGGUCCCUCCUGACUCCAACGGCUCCUUCUCCUACGGAGCUCUGGUCAACAACGAUGGAGGAGCUGCUCCAGUCAGACUGGGACCCUCAGGAUCCAGAUCCACGGAUCUAAAGGAGGACUAGACCUUCAGGAUCCAGAUCCACGGAUCUAAAGGAGGACUAGACCUUCAGGAUCCAGACCCUCUGAUCUAAAGGAGGACUAGACCUUCAGGAUCCAGAUCCUCUGAUCUAAAGGAGGACUAGACCUUCAGGAUCAGUUUAUUUAUCCUCCUGUACUUCACUCAGCUCUAACAGGACUGAAGGACUUUAACGCCAUGAUGGAACCUGAACAUGAACCAUUCCACCCAGAGAGUUUCUUCUCUGGUGAUUUAUUCUGCCUUCCUCUCUCCACUCAAUCUCCUUUACUGGAUCCACAACCAGACCUACUGGAUCCAUCAUCCAUCCAGAACAUGAUCAGAAGGAACCUGAAGCUGCUGGAUGUUGUUCUGGACCAGAACCAUGGAGGAUCCUUCAGUUAGAGACGCAAAGACUCACUUACAUUACCGUUAAAGCAAUGUUUCUCUUAUUUAUGGGACCAUGAAGGGAUCUGAUCUGAUCUGAUCUGAUCU